AAGAACUAGAGAAGUGAAGGGGACCAUCCACAUAUAAGAAUACCAACAAAUAUUCAUUGUCUCUUUGUGGUAUUUGGAUAUAUACUAAUUAUCAAUCUGUGAAGAAUGAAUGAAGCGGCUACUUGCGCUGCGUCCCACAUAUGAUGUGUAUCAAUUUAGGACUCCAUAGCCAUGCAUGCUGAACAAUGUCAUACACAUUCUGUCACACGUGUUCCUAUCUCACCCUUCCCCUCUUCCUAUAAAUCACCACAACACAGCUUCUCCACUUCACCACUUCACUCACCAAUCUCUCCUUAGUAGUUUAUGAUCACAGUCACAAUGUCCAAACCUUUUCUAUCUUUGCUUUCACUUUCCUUGCUACUCUUUGCAAGCGCAUGUUUAGCAACUAGCUCUGAGUUUGACAGACUUAACCAAUGCCAGCUAGACAGUAUCAAUGCAUUGGAACCAGACCACCGUGUUGAGUCCGAAGCUGGUCUCACUGAGACAUGGAAUCCAAAUCACCCUGAGCUAAAAUGCGCCGGUGUGUCACUUAUUAGACGCACCAUCGACCCUAAUGGACUCCACUUGCCAUCUUUCUCACCCUCUCCACAGUUGAUUUUCAUCAUCCAAGGAAAGGGUGUUCUUGGACUUUCAUUUCCUGGCUGUCCUGAGACUUAUGAAGAGCCGCGUUCAUCACAAUCUAGACAAGAAUCCAGGCAGCAACAAGGUGACAGUCACCAGAAGAUUCGUCGAUUCAGAAAAGGUGAUAUCAUUGCCAUUCCAUCGGGAAUUCCUUAUUGGACAUAUAACCAUGGCGAUGAACCUCUUGUUGCCAUUAGUCUUCUUGACACUUCCAACAUUGCAAACCAGCUCGAUUCAACCCCAAGAGUAUUUUACCUUGGUGGGAACCCAGAAACAGAGUUCCCCGAAACACAGGAGGAACAACAAGGAAGGCAUCGGCAAAAGCAUAGUUACCCUGUUGGACGUAGGAGUGGACAUCACCAACAAGAAGAGGAAUCUGAAGAACAAAACGAAGGUAACAGCGUGCUGAGUGGCUUCAGCUCAGAGUUUUUAGCACAAACGUUCAACACUGAAGAGGAUACAGCGAAGAGACUCCGAUCUCCACGAGACGAAAGGAGUCAAAUUGUGCGAGUUGAGGGAGGUCUCCGCAUUAUCAACCCCAAGGGGAAGGAAGAAGAAGAAAAAGAACAAAGUCAUUCUCACUCUCACAGAGAGGAGAAGGAAGAAGAAGAAGAAGAAGAAGAAGAUGAGGAGGAGAAACAAAGAAGUGAGGAAAGAAAGAAUGGUUUGGAAGAAACUAUCUGUAGUGCCAAAAUUCGAGAGAACAUUGCGGACGCUGCACGUGCCGACCUUUAUAACCCACGUGCUGGUCGUAUCAGCACUGCAAACAGUUUAACUCUCCCAGUCCUCCGCUAUUUACGCCUCAGUGCUGAGUAUGUUCGUCUCUACAGGAAUGGUAUAUAUGCUCCACACUGGAACAUAAACGCCAACAGUCUGCUGUACGUGAUAAGGGGAGAAGGAAGAGUUAGGAUUGUGAAUUGCCAAGGAAACACGGUGUUCGACAACAAGGUGAGAAAGGGACAGUUGGUGGUGGUACCGCAAAACUUUGUGGUGGCGGAACAAGCUGGGGAGGAAGAAGGAUUAGAGUAUGUUGUGUUCAAGACAAAUGACAGAGCUGCUGUUAGCCACGUACAACAGGUGUUUAGGGCCACUCCUUCAGAGGUUCUUGCAAAUGCUUUUGGUCUUCGUCAACGCCAAGUCACGGAGUUAAAGCUCAGUGGAAACCGUGGCCCGCUGGUUCACCCUCGGUCUCAAUCUCAAUCUCAUUGAGAUGAUGCUAUGCAUAAUGCAAUACAAUAACAAGAUGGCCAUCUUGUCUUGAAUAAUAAUGAUAAAAUAAAUUUUGAAUGAACUGUAGUAAAAAAUUUCACUUCCUAUAAUAAAACAAUAAAGUAUCGCCCUACUACCCUGAUCUUACUCUGAAUUUGUAUGCAUGUAAAGAGGGGUGAAUAACACUGGUUUUGUACACCUUCCAAUUGCCAUAAUAAAAUGCAUACACUUUUUAAAAAUUUCUCCUUCA